AUGGCAACAGUCACGAACCCUCAGAUCGACGUGGAAGUUGAGGAGUGCCUCAUAAUGAAAGUGGAAAAGGACUCCGAGUGGGCAUCGGAGCCCAUUCUGGAAAGAUCGUACAGCACUGAAUGUGAAUCCUUUCGUAAAUGCUUCCGGCAGUUCUGUUACAAGGAUGUGACAGGACCCCACGAAGCGUUCAGUAAACUCUGGGAACUCUGCUGCCGGUGGUUGAAGCCAGAAAUGCGUUCCAAGGAACAGAUCCUCGAGCAGCUGGUCAUCGAACAGUUUCUCACCAUUCUGCCUGAGAAGAUUCAGGCCUGGGCGCAGAAGCAGUGUCCAGAAAGUGGAGAGGAGGCAGUGGCCCUAGUAGUGCAUUUGGAGAAAGAGACCAGAAGAUUUCGAAAGCAGGUCAGUAGCCCUCAGCAUUCAGAGAAACAAGCCCCACCUAGAACUGUGUGGGAAGUAGCUGACUUUGAGCCAGAGCAGCUGGAGACCCAGCACAGGGUUGUUUCUCGGGAAGAAGCUGGAAGACUCCACUCGGGACACCAGGAACAGCUGAACCAAAAAAGGGAACAUAGGCCAUUACCUAAGAAUGCUCACUCUUCUGCCUGGGUUUCUGUCCCUAGUGAGGAGUGGAACACUGUCGAGGAAGAAGUGACAACCCAGGAACCAGUGAGAAACGUCCACACAGUGAGAAGCCUUUCCUACAAAAAGAGCGUACAGCAAGUCCCUGCGCACAAGGAUCUCUACCAUGAAAUCAGGAAGGAAAGUGCAGGGGGUGUGGUUUCUCUGGGAGACACUGUGUCUACACCUAACAAAAUAGCCCAGUUGGAACAAAAACAGGAACCAUGGAGUGUAGGUCUUCAUUCCUCAAAUAAGAGGAAUGGUGUCCUGCAGAGCAACUGCAUCAAAGAGAAGUCAGUGCGAGCUGCUCAGAUCCCAGCAAGGACUGCAGGGAAAGUGUGGCGAGAGCAGCAACAGUGGGGUUUAGAAGAUGAAAAGAUUGCGGGUGUGCACUGGAGCUAUGAAGAAACCAAGACUUUUCUUGCAAUUCUCAAGGAAUCUCGCUUUUAUGAAACACUCCAGGCUUGUCCCCGAAAUAGCCAGGUAUAUGGUGCUGUGGCUGAAUGGUUGCGAGAAUGUGGCUUCCUCCGAACACCAGAGCAGUGCCGGACAAAGUUCAAAAGUCUUCAGAAGAGUUAUCGAAAAGUAAGAAAUGGCCACAUGCUAGAACCCUGUGCCUUCUUUGAGGACAUGGAUGCCUUGUUAAACCCUACAGCCCACAGUUCAUCUACUGAGAGGCCAAAGGCUGUGAUCUCUCUCCCACUAAAGAGAACUGCUAGUAGUGCUAAAGAGCAGGUCGGUUUGGUGGAGGACGAGGAAGGUGCUGAAGACUCUGAUGGUAAUGAAGUGGGCAUUGAGUUGAUACGCAAGUCUGAAAUCCGUGCUGCCCCUGUCUUGUUUCAAAACCUAAGUGGUGUGCACUGGGGCUAUGAAGAAACCAAGACUUUUCUUGAUAUCCUUCAAGAGACCCGGUUUUAUGAAGCACUUCAAGCCUGUCAUCGGAAGAGUAAGUUAUAUGGUGUCGUGGCUGAACAGCUUCGAGAGUGUGGCUUUCUCCGCACACCAGAGCAAUGCCGAACCAAGUUCAAAAGCCUUCAGAAGAGUUAUCGAAAAGUGAAGAAUGGUCAUGUACUAGAGUCCUGCGCAUUUUACAAGGAGAUGGAUGCCCUGGUUAACUACCGUACAUCUGCCCUUUCCACCAACACCUCAGAAGAAAUCCCAUCAUUCUCAAGGCAAGAGAGGGGACAUAUUGAGGUUGAACCCCAAGAGCCUACAACCUGGGAACCUGAGGAGACCUCACAGGAGGCAGUGUUAGAAGAUUCUGGCAGCGAGAGAAUGAGUGAGGAGGAAAUUACAGAAGAGCCAGAACUUGAAGGACCUUCAGGCCUACCACAAAGCCUGACUGAUUUUGAAAUUGGAAGCAUUAUUAAGGAAGACCCAACACAGGUAAUAUUUAGGGACACAGAGCCCCAUAGGGUAUUAAUAGAAAAACGUAAAAGAUUUGUUUCCCAGAAUACCAACCCCAGUAAAUACUGUAAAAGGGAGUACUUCUCAGGAAGACAUUGUGAAAACCUUCAAGGAGUUAGACCAGGAAAACUGAUGUCUCAACCUAGAGAUGCAGGGAAGACCAUGGUGCAUCAGAGGCCUUUUGUGGGGAGGAGACCAUACAGACUUCUCAAAUAUGGAGAAAACUUUGGAAGGAGUGCCCGUCUUGUAUGCAGGAUGACCCACCAGAAGGAGAACCCUUAUAAGUGUGGUGUCUGUGGGAAGUGCUUUGGUAGGAGCAGGAGCCUAAUGAGACACCAAAGGAUCCACACUGGGGAAAAGCCUUUCAAAUGUCUUGACUGUGGGAAAAGCUUUAAUGACUCCUCAAAUUUUGGAGCCCACCAGAGAAUCCAUACUGGAGAGAAGCCGUACAGAUGCAGGGAGUGUGGGAAAUGCUUCAGUCAGAGCUCAAGUCUUAUCAUCCAUCAGAGAACCCACACUGGUGAAAAGCCCUAUCAGUGUGAGGAGUGUGGGAAAAGCUUCACCAACAGUUCUCACUUCAGUGCCCACCGCAGAGUCCAUAUUGGAGAGAAUCCCUACAAAUGUGGGGACUGUGAGAAGAGCUUCAAUAACUGCACAAGGUUCCGAGAACACCAGCAAAUCCACAAUGGAGAGAAGCCCUACACAUGUGCCCAGUGUGGCAAACAUUUCAAUAAGAGCUCUUUUCUCACCAAACACCGGGAAGUCCACGUAAGAGAGAAGCUGCUGUCAUCCUCUCCCUCCACGUACUCCCCAGAGAACCUACUGAAGGGCAAGAGUACAGAGCUCAGGAAGACCUUUCACAGUGAGCCUGCCUUUCCAGUUGCCCAUUAGCCAUCUGAUCCUACUCCUGC